AUGGAAAGCUCUCGAGGUGUAGAAGUGUUUUGGAACAAGACUCGAUCCAAUUGGUGGCCUGAUUGGCCAAAAUCGGCUCGGGAAGGUGAAGCAGCUCGCACGCACAAGGGUGGUUUCGAGCGACGUUUUCGGUGGCCUGAAGGCCUGCCGGUGGCGGGAGAGGGGUGGGGGAGCAGCAAAUUGGAGAAUCUGAAUCUUGGAGUCAAUAAAUUGAGAGGAAGCUUGUGCGUUUCCUUGGGAUAUCUUAAGAACUUAAGAUACCUGCAACUACGGAUUAACUCAAUUCAAGGUUCAAUUCCGCCAUCCAUCGGAAACUUGUCGUAUUUGGAGGCUCUUUAUCUGUCAGCCAAUCAAAUGAAAGGAAGCUUGCCAGAAAGUCUCGGGCAACUCUCUUUCCUGGCCGAGUUGGAUCUAUCAGAGAACUCGUGGGAAGGUAUCGUCACUCAAUCAAAUUUUGCGAACCUCUCCAGCCUAAAGGAGAUAUCAUUAUAUAAACUUUCCUCAAAUAUUCCCUUGUUUUCAACAUUAGCUUUGAUUGGAUUCCUCCUUUUAAACUCAACUACCUCAGCAUUAGAUCAAGCCAAUUGGGUCCAAAUUUUCCCGCAUGGCUCAGAAAUCAAAAUGAGCUAA